AAAACAUCCAUGGGUGGUUGUGUGGGCAGUCAUCAUGAUUCUUCAGGCAGUUUAACCGAGAAUUCUGACGGAACUGGAGUGGCACUGGGGCGUAACCAGCCCCUGAAGAGAGAGAAGCCCAAAUGGAAGAGUGAUUACCCAAUGACUGACGGUCAGCUGCGGAGCAAGCGGGAUGAAUUCUGGGACACGGCGCCGGCGUUCGAGGGCCGAAAGGAAAUCUGGGACGCUCUCAAGGCUGCAGCGCAGGCCUUCGAAAGCAACGACCACGAGCUCGCUCAAGCCAUCAUCGACGGGGCCAGCAUAACGUUGCCACACGGUGUUCUCACCGAGUGCUACGAUGAGCUGGGAAACCGUUACCAACUGCCUGUCUACUGCCUAUCCCCGCCCGUCAACAUGAUCGAGGAAAAGAGCGACCUGGAGCCUUUGGAAGUGCCUGAGGCACCGGCCAGCGAGGGUCAGGAAUGCCAGCUCCGGCUUCGGCUCUCCACGGGUCGGGACCUCAGGCUGACCGUUCGCACCACGGACAGCGUCCAGCACAUGAAGGGCCGUCUUCAAGCACAGGAGGGCGUGGCGGCUGGCAGCCAGCGCUGGUUCUUCUCCGGCCGGCCGCUCACGGACAAGAUGAAGCUGGAGGAACUGAAGAUCUCCAAGGACUACGUGGUGCAGGUGAUUGUCAGCCAGCCACCCGCACCACGACUGCCUCAGGACCCCACACCAGUGGAGAACUAG